AUGUCUUUAAAUUUUGCAGCACAACUCAAACUGUUCAGUGUGACAACAAUUCCAGGGCUUUCCAACUGGACAAAAGUUAGAAAACUUAAUGCUUCUUCAAAGGCAACAACUCCAGGAAUUACGGUAGUAACAACAACCUUUUUCACAUUAGCUCAGAUAAUAGUAGCAGUUUCUUCUUCAACAACAAUGACGGCAUUGUUAACCGAAAAUGAGAAAAAAUCCCCUCCUCAACUACUUCUCACACAAAAGCAACUUGUCGAACAAAUAGAAAAAGAAAAGUCUCUUCUCCAGGAACUUCUAAAAAAACAAAACCCUGCUCCUCACCAACAACUUCAACAGCUACUCGAACAACUACAAAAAAACCAUUCACACUUUCCUGAUCGUCUUCAACGGCAACAGCAACUUCGUAAGGAACUUGGACAGAAUUAUAGCUGUGAAAUUAAACAACAACUUCUUCAUAAACAGCAUAGUAUCCUUCAACUACUUCAAAAACAACAACCAUUUCUGGAUCAACUUCAGCACCAACAAGGAGUUAUUUUUCAGCAACUUCUUCAGCGACAACAGACUCUCGAAUCUCUACUACAACAAUUGCCUCAUCAACAACAAUUAUUUCAAAAACAACAACCUAUUCUUCAACAAUUUUUGCAGCAGCAACUGAAUUCUCUAAAACAAACAAUGCAGCCAUCGACUGUGCAUCAACAAGCGCUUGACCUUCAAAAACAAAUGCAACAAAAUCACGAGCAAUCUCGAAAUCAAGAUCAAAAUAAUCUUAGUAAUCAAAUUCAGAAGCACGAACAACAUCUUCAACUGCUCCAGCAACACCAUACUGUAUUAAAGCAACUUCAGCAAGAGAGGCAACUACUUUCCCAGCAAUUUCAACAUCAAGUGAAGCUAUUCCAGCAGCUUCUACUACUAAAACAACAGUCUUCUCAGUUAUAUCUAUCAUUUCUUAAGCAACUUCUACAGCUACAACAACAACUUCUUGAACAAUACAAACAGCAACAACCACUUAUUCAGCAGUUCCUCCAACAACAACAACAACUUGUGGAGCUUAUGGAGCAACAAGAACAACUUGUUGUGCAAAUACUUCUAGAACCUCAGCAAAUACAUAAUCUCCUUCAACAACUUCAGCAACUAGAAGUCCAAUUCCAACAACUUAUGCAACAACAACAACAACUCCUCCAACAACUCCAGCAGAGGCAGUCUUCAUUUCAGCAGCUUCUCCAAAAACAACAGUCCAUCUUUGAAGAACUUCUGAAAAGCAAACAGACUCUUCUCAAAAAUUUAAAACAACAAUUGGAUUAUUUGCUUCAGUUCCAGAAAUAA